AUGGAUGGCAACAGCAACAGCAAUGCACGUCCAAUAUCUCCCACAUCAACAACAUCAACAAGUACAACAAACAAUAAGAAGAAGAGAGAUUGGAGCUCAGGCUCGCAGUCUCCGCCAACAAAUGUCCAGUCUACACAACAACUGGGCAUAGAUGAUCAAAACAGCAACAACAGCAGUUCAACCAAGAAGUUGAAAGAUUCAAUACACUCCUCUCCUUCCAGGAGUGUAUCUCCCGACUAUCCUCCUCCUCCACCUAGACAACAUUCCAUGAGCAAGCUCAACUUACUAUUGGACUCAGUGGAGAGCGCGCCUGUGGCUGUGCCAGGAUUGAGUCCAAGCAGCAGCGGGCGCACAUCUAUGAAGACGCCGCGUGAGCUUGGCCAAUCAACGCCAUCGUCCACAGUCGGCCUGUACAGUCUACUCUCACAGCCAUCGAACGACAAGAAGGAUUCAUCCAAAUAUGACAUGCCAAACCUUUUCAUCACAAAGCAGCAGCAACAGCAACAGCAACAGCAACAGCAGCAGCAGCAACAGCAGAUAAAGAAUAGCCACUCAUCAUCCUCCCUCCUCCCAUCACCAUCCACCGUACCUCCCACCUCCUCCCUCUCCACAUCCUCCUCCUCACUUGUACAUAGCUCUGCUCGUGUCUCCACGAGCAGUCACGACGACGACAACACACCAAUAUACAUCACCAAGAGGGAGUUCAACGAACUGCGCGAGGAGCUGCAGUCCCUCAGGUCCAAGGUGGCGACGCUCAGCAGCUCACCCCCCAGCACCGUAUCUCCGCGGUCCGGCGCCAUCACGGCCACCGGCUCCAAGGGCAGUGGUAGCACCAGCUCGCCACCCCAGUCGCCGCUGCUGCAGUCCACCGUGCAGGAGUGUGUAACUCGCGAGUGGAUACGCUUCAACAACGAGUUCCAGGCAGGCUACAACGACCAGGCGCGCAAGAUUGACGGCGCUCUCAAGUUCAUCUUGGAGUUCAGCACCAAGAACGAGUCGUACAUGAUUGGCAUUGAGGAACGCAUCCACCUGCUCACCCAACGUAUGAUGGAUUUCGAGAAGUUCCUGAUGAUGCCCAAGCAUCCGGGCUCGUCCGUCGACUACCCCAUCUCGCCCAUCAUGCACCCGGCCAAGUACCCACCCGGCAUGGGCGGCCACCCCUCGCACGAGACCUCGUCACCAAUGUACUUCAUCGAUCACUCCCCAAGACACCCUCCACAGUACCAUCAGCAGCCGCCACACCUCUCGCUCAGCGGCAAGGAGCCAGCCAGCCAACCACAGCCACAGCAACCAUCAACGGCAGGUGGUUCCAAGGGCGGACCGACUCUCGCCAAGGGUGGACCGACCGAGUCGCCCAGCCUGACCAGCCAGAAGAAGGUGGUUCAGCAGCGUCUGCAGCAGAGACUGGAUGCGCAGCAACAGGCUCAACAACAAGCCCAGCCACCACAACUCUCGCCGACCAACCCUCCCUUGAAGCAUCCACCGCCCCCUCACGUGCCCAAUAUGUACCAAGCCUACGAAGGACCAUUCGAGGGCCGACCCUCCUACUACUACCCCAACGGACAUCCUGCCUAUCCUUAUCCCUACACCUUCUAG